AUGCCAACUCCUAUCCACGGCAGCACCGUGACAAUUGGACAUACUCAUAUCCCAGAAAAUGAGGUAGCUGAUCAUGCCGCCAAAGAAGGUGCUGCCUUGGAUACUCCUCCCAUGAUUGAGCAUUCUUAUGCGUCACUAAAGAGACAAGCGAAAGCCAGUGCCAUGUCUGCUACGCAAUCUAACUGGACGUCUACUGCUCCACAGUCUUACCAAGAUCUUGGGAUUACCUCCUCCCCGAGACACCUAGGCGAGCUUCAUCUCCCCCGCCGUCUCCUUGGGCUUAUCCUUGCAGCCCGCACAGGACAUGGAGAUUUUGCAGACUACCACGAACGCUUCAAUCAUGCAGAUGCCUACCUCUUCUGCCGCUGCGGUGCAAGGAAGACACCUAUUCAUUUCUUCUUCUGCCGAAUUGCCAAGAGACGGGCUCCUCGCCCUGCCGGGCCUCCCUCUGAAAUCAUACCCUUUCUACUAGGGACCAAAAAGGGUGCAAUCAGACUCGCCUCCUGGCUCACAGAGACUCGGUUCUUCGAAGAUAUCUGCCCCCGCCACCCCCCAUCUUAG